AUGAGUGGAAGCGGUAACAAGGACAGCCCACUGCGGGUCUGCAUCGUCGGAGGCGGAUGCAGCGGCAUCCUUUCUGCCCGGCAGAUGCUGGAUGAGGGCUUUGAGUCAGUCAUCUACGAGCUGUCGUCGUGCCUGGGCGGCAUCUGGGCAUACAGCGACGACAGCGAGGAAGGCCGGCCGUCCGUCAUGCGGUCUACUGUCUUGCAUACCAGCAAGGAAAUCGGAGCAUUCAGUGACUUCCCGCCUCCCAAGGAAGCCCCCAACUAUAUGCAUCAUUCGAAGAUGUUGGCGUACCUCAGAAGCUACGCGGACCAUUUCGGAAUCACGGGUAAAGUACGCCUUCGUCACGAAGUCCUCCGUGUGACUCAGGCCGACGACUAUAACUCCACCGGUCGCUGGGAUGUCGUCGUCAAGGAUCUAGCCAACGGCAUCGAGCGCAGAGAGACUUUCGACGCCGUGCUGGUGGCGUCAGGGCGACACGGGUUCCCGAACGCUCCUACGUUCAAGGGCCAGGAAAAAUUCAAGGGCAGGGUCGUUCACACGCACAGCCUCAAGGUCCCGGACCAGUUCAAAGACAAGAGAGUCGCUGUCGUGGGCAUCGGCAACUCCGCCGUCGACGCUGCCAUUGACGCAUGCCAUGUGGCUGCCGAGGUGUACUUGUCCACGAGGAGGGGAGCUUGGAUCGCCAAGAUGCUUGGGCCGAACGGCAUGCCCCUGGACGCAGCUUUAAUCACCAGAGCGAGCAGAUGGAAAGGGCGCCUGGUGCCCAUGUCCACUAAGCUCGACAAAUUUGAGGCCUUGUUGAACAGCCACUUCAACCACGAGGCCUACGGACUCCGGCCUAAGCACAGAGUGGGCGCCCAGCACAUAAACGUCAGUGACUCCCUGCCCUCCCUGAUUUUGUCUGGCCUCGUCCGCAUCAAGAAGGACGUGGUCCAGUUCACAGAAAACGGCAUUCUUUUCGAAAAUGACCAGGAGGUGACAAAAUUAGACGAUGUGAUCCUGGCCACGGGCUACCGGAUCAAGUUCCCCAUGCUCUCCGAGGACGUGAUGCCAGUUGUCAACAACGAGGUACAGCUCUACAAGAACGUCUUCCCGCCUGGCUUGCAGCACCCAACCCUGGCCAUUAUUGGACUCGUGCAGCCCUCUGGAUCCGUAUUUCCAGUAAUUGAACUGCAGGCCCGAUGGAUGGCGCUGCUGCUCGCCGGCAAGUGCAAGCUUCCUCCGCAGCCCGAAAUGCUCCAGGACAUCGCACGAAACAGGGAAGAUCUGAGACGGCGCUUUGUCAACUCACCCCGCCACACCAUCCAGGUGGACUGGCUGAGCUACAUGGACGAACUGGCGGACAAGAUCGGCGCCAGUCCCAAGAUGCUGAAGUACUUCUUUACCGACAACCAGUUGUUCAGGGCCCUGCUGGGGCCUUGUGUGCCGUACCAGUACAGACUCGAAGGGCCUCACCGAUGGGCCGGAGCCAAAGACGCCAUCUCGGGAGCCCAGAAGAGAAUGUUGUAUCCGUUGAAUAGCAGCUGCACUAGCUUCGAAAUGGAGAAACGCUGCUUCUCAAGAUUUUAUGCAGUUGUGGCCAUAUUUGCUCUCCUUGUUGCGUUCUUUGUUUACAAGUAGAGCGUCGAAGAUGCUCAUUAUUCGGAUUCAGAA